AUCCGAAAGACAAUCGAACUUUGUAUCACAUCGUUACGACCCUACUGGAAAUCGUUGUGGAUUCAGGAUGUGUCGCGGAUUGUGGAUCGACCAAACAUUUCUCAUAUCCCCAUGAUUUCCUGGCCUUUGGUGCGCCGCGUGAUCUGGCCGGAAACAAAUCCGCUAAUCCCGGAACCACUGUCACAACAAAUUCGUUAUCUGAUGAAUCACGGCAUAGCCAUGUGUUUGCCCAAACCGGAAGAUCAACCAUAUCUGUUACUGGUCCCCACCAACACGGUGCACACUCAAGCAAUACGUAAGAAGAAUAUGCCCGUACAACGCGGUUCCGCCAACAGCAAACAGAAAUAUGUUUGUCCAUGGCCUCAAAAUGUUCAGUUGUUACAACCGUUUUCCCAGCGCUUGAAGGAAGCUCCAUUAUAA